AUGCCUGACGAUUACACCGUAAAGAGCUCUGGCACCAACGAUCAGGGCAACCACUAUUGUGCUCGGGACUACGGUGACAGUGCCAGCAACUCAAACUCCUACCACUACUCCAACACGGAUGGCUCUUACUACUACUCCAACCCCAACGGGAGCACUUACCACAAUGAUGGGCAGGGUAACUCGACCUACACCUCUUCUGGUGGCUACAGCUACUCCUCCAGCUCUGGUGAUAGUGGCAGCUCCGGUAAGAAGUAG